GAUUUGGUUUAUUAACAUGGCGGCCCCCAGCAGCAUUACCGUGGCUGAAGGAGAAUGGGUCUCGUCCACCAUGUGCGUCUAAGAUGAAUGCCACCAGGUUCCUGUUUCAUACCAGAAGCUUGCGUCUGCCACUGUUGUGCGUUGGAGGUCUGCGCAAUAAAAGUGUAUCCUCUGGCCCCAUUGCUGUGCGUCAGGUCCUCAGCAGUGACCACUGCGCCAGGAGAUGUUUGUGUAGCAAGCCUGUUUUUAGCCGUGACCCAAGCCAAAGCGAGGAAUCCCAGGAUAAGCCCAACAAAAGUCUGAUCAGCUAUGACGAUCUGUUUGAACGAGCAGCCGUGGACUCCAAGAACAAGGCGACGUUCAGCCGCGUCCUCGACGUCUUUAAGAACAAGGAUGUUCGCCGCCGAGGACACGUGGAGUUUAUCUAUGUGGCGCUGAAGAAGAUGGCAGAGUUUGGGGUGGAGCGAGACCUCGCCGUCUACAAUAAGCUGUUAGAUGUUUUCCCCAAGGAGGUCUUCAUUCCCCGAAACUUCAUCCAGCGGAUGUUUAACCACUACCCCCGCCAGCAGGAGUGCGGUGUGCAGAUUUUAGAGCAGAUGGAAAGCUACGGAGUGAUGCCCAACGUGGAAACCAAAGUGCUCCUGAUCCAGAUUUUUGGGAAGAAGAGCCACCCCAUACGAAAAUACCAGCGUCUGAUGUAUUGGUUCCCACGGUUCAAGCAUGUGAAUCCAUAUCCUGUGCCACGUGAACUCCCCCAGGACCCUGUUGACCUGGCACGGUUUAGCUUGCACCGAAUAGCUGCUGACCUGAACGCCAAGGUGACGCUUUAUCAGAUGCCUUCCUCUGACUACAGUGAAGAUGGGAGUUUGGUGUGUCAGCCGUAUAUCGUGGGAAUCCAGAGCCCUGACCAGCGGGAAGUUCUAGCCAAGCACAGACCAGACCGUCCAGUUUUUGUGGAAGGACCCUUUCCUUUGUGGCUAAGGAGGACCUGUGUGUAUUAUUAUGUCCUACGGGCUGACCCUCUGCCCCCUGAAGAAAAGGUGGAGGAGCCAGUGGAUCCAGAAAGGAACUUCUUUUACCCAUUAGAGCUGGACCUGGACUAUGACAGAGACCUCGGUGAUGAUGAAGACUUUGAUGUGGAUGAAGUAGAGGAAGGUCCUGUGUAUGCAAUGUGUAUGACCGGCUCUGGGGAUCGGGACACUCUUGCUAAGUGGAUCUCUGGACUGCAGGAGACCAAUCCCAUCCUGGGCUGUACCCCUACCGUUUUUCGUUUGGAUUCUGGACCAUCGGAAGUACAGAGCUGCGCCGUGUCAGACCAUCCAGAAAUUGAGGAUGUUUUGCAAGGCCAGAAAAUGGCACAGUAGCCCCUACAUCCUUACUGUACACUAAAUAGAAUAUGGAGUCUGAAUACUGGACAACACAUGGAGGUCACACUCAACAAUACGAAGGUACAGGAGCCAAAAGCUGCUUGUGAACAUUUAGAGGGGAAGCUUCAGGACAUGAAAGUUUUAAAGCUUCUAGAUGGCCGGUAGAUUAGACUUGGAAAAUACUGAGUGGGCCCACGUGAAUGAGGGUUUUCACCUUAAGAGUAUUUCAGAUUGUGGCUCGUUUUUAAGUUGAGUGUGAGCAACACUUGGCCUUCCCUGUGGGUUAUGUGGCCCCGCAUUCCCCCUGAAGCUUCAUCCCAGUCUUGUCAAACUACAGUGUAAGCCCUACAGGUGGAGGCUGCUGCUCAUCCUGAAAACGUUCAUCAUGUGCACAUUUCAUCAUCUUCUGCUGACUCCUAGAAGACCAGUUGUGAAACGUCAAUCAAUAAACACAAAUGACGUGAAACGGUUAACAUUUGUCUCUUGCGGUGGUCUGAGAAGUUGGGUCCUUCCUCAAG